AUGUACAUAGUGGCUCAGUACAAUUAUGUGAGUGCCUGUGGAAUUACGUCAUCCACCGCCACCGAGGCGCAGUAUAUUCUCCGCUUAUCCGCCAAGUACUUCGGCCCUCCGCCACCUUCUGUUCCUGAAGGAUGGAAAGCACAAUACGACGAGAGAUAUCAUGCAUGGUUCUUCAUUGACCUUGCAACGGGAAAAUCGCAAUGGGAAGCACCCGAAGGACCUCCACAGCGCAUGAACGAGCCCCCAGUGCAGUCACCCCCCUCAUACAAUGCCGGGUCAAGUGACCCCGCAGCUCUAGCAGCAGCCGGGGACAAGAAGCAAAUGGGAUCCAACAACCCAUACAACCAAAGCCAGCACCAGCCCAGUCCCAACACAAUAGACGAGGACGCGCGUCUGGCUGCCAAGCUCCAAGCCGAGGAAGACGCUCGUGGUCAGCGGGGAACCCCAUCCGCCCCCGCGGGGGACCGUGGCGCCUCAGAUGACUACUACAACAAUGCACCGCAAUCUGGUCCCAGCUAUGCGGCAGGUCCAUCUCAGAGCCCAAUGCCGGAGCAGGAACAGAAGCGCAGCAAAGGUGGUUUCCUCAGUAAGCUUAUGGGCAAGAGCUCAUCUCGACCCCGCCCACCGCAACAACAGCAGCAGUAUGCAUCAUAUGCGCAGCAAGGUCCCCCACCUGGCCACUACGGCGGUUAUCCCCAGCCUGGUCCCCAGCCUGGAUACGGAUACUCCGGUCCCGGGUAUGGAGGUGGAUAUGGAGGAUACCCGCAACAGGGCGGGUACUACCAGCAACCACCUCGCAAGCAAGGUGGUGGUGGUAUGGGCACAGCAGGAGCAGCUGCUCUUGGUGUUGGAGGUGGAUUGCUGGGUGGUAUGCUCAUUGCCGAUGCCAUUGAAGACCACCACGAUGAUGACUAUGGCAAUGAUUACGGCGGUGGUGAUGAUUAUGGUGGUGGUGACGAUUUCGGAGGCGACUUCUAA